AUGACUCCAAAGGUCAUGAUAUUUGCUGGUGCACCUGCCAAUGAUGCUAUUGAUUGGACGUCAGAAGAGCUUUUGAAUGAGUUUCUAGAACCUCUUGCUUGUUUUGCUGGGAUAAGCAAGGCCACUGGGACGGAAGCGAAUCAGGGGGCCGAGGAAACGGUUUUGGAUAUAGCUACUUGGAGAAGUAUCCCUCUCCAACAACAAAGGCUGGAGACUGGCUUCACUCAGAUGCACGAGUUUGACGGCUACUAUCAGGCCAGUCAAGACUUUUUCAGGACCGCCGACACACAAGGCACCGACGCUGCGAGCCAGUCUCUGCGCGACGAGUUUUAUGAACAUUCCCUCAGAGUGUACGACGACAUAACGUCUUCACAACUGCCGACAGCGACUCUCAACAGCACUGCUGAGGAGACUUCUUUCAUAUCAACUCAGGAUGAAAGCUUCAGAAGUUCUAUUGAAGAAAGCACCUUUAUUGACCAAGGAGAUAGGACCUUGGGACUUGGCACUGCUCGCUUGAGCAAUCUCGGGAAUCUUCCUAAUGCCUCGUACCUCAACUCCAUUGAACCGCAGACGAUGACGGUCAAUCUGAUAGCUGGUGUCAUCUCUGUGGCCGAGCCACGUACCGUGAGAACCAAAUGGGGGCGCUCCAAGUCUUUAGUUGAGCUCAUUGUUGGCGACGAAUCCAAGUCGGGGUUUAGCAUAACCUUUUGGUUAUCCGACGAUGCCACCUCAGCCUCGGAAGCCACACUGAGGAGCACUAGGCGCCAAGACAUAAUCCUUCUGCGCAACGUCGCUUUGAGCCACUUCAAGAAUAAAGUUCACGGUCAUAGCCUGAGAAGAAAUCUAACAAAAGUCGACCUCUUGUACCGUCGCAAGCUUGACGAAGACGAUGUUGGGGGGUUCUACAGCGCAAAAGAGCUGGCCCAUCGUACAGAUGGACGACAACAACUUCUAAAGACGCAAAAGGUGCGAGAAUGGGUGUUGCAAUUUGUUGGAGGCGGGUCACCGCGUUUGGGCAAGAGGAAAGAGAAAGGACAAGCAGUCCGAAGUUGGGAGUUGCCGCCGCCCGAUACUCAAUAG